UCGGCAGUGCGAUUCGAUCCUCUGUGCGCUGGAGGCUGCGUCGGGUUUCUGCUGAGGGAGGGCUGGACACGAGCGAGAGAGAAGUGAGGCUGCGAUUUCUGCCGAGAGUAAUUGGUCAGUUAAAAAGGCUUGUCACUGCAUUCAGAGAUGCGUCUCGCGGUCACGGCAGCGGUGCUCGCGGCGGCGCUCGGCCUGGCGCGCCCUCAGUGCUUCUCGGGGCGGGACGAUUUCUCCGUCAAGAUCAACAAGGACAUCUCGGGCAUCACCGACUUCGGCCUCGAGCUCUACAGGCAGCUGGCGCCCCCGGGGUCCCCCGAGAACUUCUUCUUCUCGCCCUUCAGCAUCUGGAUGGCGUUCGUCCUCGCCUACUUCGGCACCGGGGGAGAGACGGCGGCGCAGCUCCAGAGGGCCUUGAGGGUCGGGGAUCAAGUCGCCACGCUCAAGCUCUGGCGGGAGCUCGAGGCCCUGUACGAGAGGCGGCAGGCCGAGCACCACCGACUACACCUUCAGCACCGCCAACCGCCUGUACGUCGACAAAAAUCUGCCGGUCCGGCCGUGCGUCGCCGAACUGCUGCGCACCGAGCUCCAGAAGAUCGACUUCAAGGACGUGAGGAUAUAACAUAGAU